GGAGCAUGGCCCGGUUGGCCUGCACAUUGAGCCAGCACAUCCACACAAGUUGCCUUUUGACAGAGCUGUGGCCAUAGCCGCAUAGUAGGACCAGCACCCCGGACCCUGAGGCCAGAAUGAGUGAAGAAGCAUGUUGAACCUGCAGUCAGAAGCGAGCCCUUGACCCUGACCUAACGGAGGAUGAUGUGGAGAGCAAGAAAAUGAAAAUGGAGAGAGCACCAUCAGAGCUGACUGUGGACGGAGACACCAGGGUGAUGCCUGAGCCAGGUGUAGGCCCGGCCCAGGGGUUGCUGAGGACAACAGAGACCACAGCCACAGGAUCAGGCGAAGGGCUGGUAGGAGAUGGGCCUGUGGACAUGCGCACCUCACACAGUGACAUUAAGUCUGAGAAGAGACCUCCUCCUGAUGUGAUCGUGCUCUCUGACAGUGAGCAGCCAUCAAGCCCAAGGGUGAAUGGGUUGACCACAGCAUCCUUGAAGGAUACCAGCACUGAGGCGCUCCUGAAAAGCAGCCCAGAAGACCGAGAGGGGAUGAUCAAGCAGCUGAAGGAGGACUUGAGGCUGGAGGAAGCAAAGCUGGUUCUGUUGAAGAAGCUACGUCAGAGUCAAAUACAAAAGGAAGCCAUAGCGCAGAAGCCUGCAGCUUCCUCAGGGAGCUCCGUGACCACCCCUUCCCCACUCGUCCGGGGUACUCAGAACAUUCCUGCUGGCAAGACAUCACUUCAGACCUCUUCUGCUCGAAUGCCCGGCAGCAGCAUCCCACCGCCACUGGUCCGGGGUGGGCAACAGGUGUCUGCCAAGCUGGGACCACAGGCCAGUUCCCAAGUAGUCAUGCCACCACUUGUCAGGGGGGCCCAGAUUCACAACGUCAGACAGCACCCCUCCACAGGGCCACCACCCCUCCUCCUAGCCCCCCGCGCCUCAGUGCCCAGCAUGCAGAUUCAGGGACAGAGGAUCAUCCAGCAGGGACUUAUCCGUGUUGCCAAUGUCUCUAAUACCAGUCUGCUUGUCAACAUCCCUCAGCCCAGUGCAGCCUCACUGAAGGGGACAACGGUUGCCUCUGCUCAGGUCAGCUCCACCCCAAGCAGUGUGGCCUCUGUGGUUGCAUCUGUGGAGUUUCCAGCCAGCCGACAGGCUGCUGCCAAGCUAGCACUAAGCAAGCAGCUGGAGAAGACCCUGCUUGAGAUUCCACCUCCCAAGCCCCCUGCUCCAGAAAUGAACUUCCUGCCCAGCGCUGCCAACAACGAUUUCAUCUACCUGGUUGGUCUGGAGGAGGUGGUGCAGAAUUUGCUGGAGACGCAAGCGGGAAGGAUCUCUGCCAGCACAGCUUCUGCUAUGUUAUCCCGGGAGCCCUACAUGUGUGUUCAGUGCAAGACGGACUUCACAUGCCGCUGGCGGGAGAAGGGUGGAGCCGUUAUGUGUGAGACUUGCAUGACAUCCAACCAAAAAAAGGCACUCAAGGUGGAGCACACCAGUCGGCUGAAGGCUGCCUUCGUGAAGGCACUGCAGCAAGAACAGGAAAUGGAGGAGCGGCUGCUGCAGCAGGGUGUGGGUACUGCCAGCACCAAGGCUGAGGCUGCAGCCCCACAUCCCACUCUGAAGCAGGUCAUAAAGCCCCGACGCUUCCAGCCAACUGUCCCGGGGCUCAGCCACAACACCUCGUGGUGUUCUGCACACAUUCAGCCAGUGACCCAAACUGCAAAAUGCGGCCUCAGCUACGGCCCUGGUAAGCGGGACUGGCAGACAUUCCUAGAGAGCUGUGGGCACCAGCAAGGGCACCACCUCCAACUGGAAAAAGACACCCCUGAGCACAGGUGGGACCCUUGCCUUUGUCAGCCUGAGUUUGGCAAUGCACAAGACCUCUUCAGCUGUAGACCGUUGGCGAGAAUACCUCCUGGACAUGAUCCCUCCACACUCCAUUCCCCAAUCAGCCACAUGGAAAUAAUGGGAGCCAGCCCAGCUGAGGACAGGCCCUCGGCUCUCCAUGGCUCCUGGUCUAGGACACACAGACUGCCCUCCUAACAAGUUGCCUGAGACAGCUCAGGCCUUGGCUAUU